UAAAAUUAUUCUUAUAAUUCGACAAUUUGCUCGUUUUGCAUUGAUCCCGAGGGAAAUUUGAAGCUUUCCAAUGCAUUGAAUUGAGCCCCUCAAAAUCUAGCUCGUUUAUUCAAAUAUUUUUUGGUCUUUUGAUGAAUAAGUUUUGUUUGUUCCAAUUGUGCUUUGCUUGCAGAUUUGCAGACAAAAGGUUUCUCUGUAUGCGGUAUUUAAAUAAUUGUGAGCUUUUGGGUGAAAAAUGCUGUUCAUAUUGAUUGGAUGUAAAAUGAGAAAAAUGGAAAUAGUUUCCUCAUAGAAAGAGAGAAGAUAAAGAUAAGGGUUAAUUUCUAGACAAAAAGAAUGGGGGGUUCGAAAAAGAAGGGGCCAUCGGCUCCAGUGGUGCGUAGGGAUCCAUAUGAGAUGUUGUGUGUGUCUAGGGAUUCUUCUGAUCAGGAAAUCAAGUCUGCUUACAGAAAACUUGCUCUCAAGUAUCAUCCAGACAAGAAUGCUUGCAAUCCUGAGGCUUCAGAACUGUUCAAGGAGGUUGCAUGUUCAUAUAGCAUUUUAUCAGAUCCAGAGAAAAGGAGGCAAUAUGAUAGUGCAGGAUUUCAGGCCCUUGAUGUCGAAGGAAUGGAUAUGGAGAUUGAUUUAUCCAGCCUUGGAACUGUCAACACGAUGCUUGUGGCUUUAUUCAGCAAGUUGGGUGUGCCCAUUAAGACCACAAUUUCUACUAAUGUUCUCAAAGAGGCUUUGAGUGGAACUGUCAGGGUCAGACCUCUUCCAGUUGGAACUUCAGUCAGUGGAAAGGUAAAUAAUCAUUUGAACAGGAAGAAAGCUUACUUGUUGUCCUGCCUUUUUGGGUUGAAUUAUCUUCGUCAACAGGUAGAAAAGCAAUCUGCUCACUUUUUUGGUGUAAUAAUUAAUGAGGAGCAAGCAGAGGCAGGGAUUGUAGUCAGAGUUACGUCCUCUGUGCAAAGCAAGUUUAAGCUCGUGUACUUCGAACAAGGGGCAAAUGAGGGGUAUGGGCAGGUCUUGCAGGAAGACAGUGAGAAGACAGGCAAAGUCACGUCGGCUGGAAUGUAUUUCUUGCAUUUUCAAGUGUACAAAAUGGAUUCAAUGUUGGCAAUGGCUAAGGACACGAAAGCCACUUUCUUCAAACGAUUGGAAGGCCUUCAACCUUGUGAGGUUUUGCAACUGAAAACUGGUGCUCACAUAUUCGCAGUUUAUGGUGAUAACUUCUUCAAACCUGCUGUCUAUACAAUUGAGGCUCUCUGUGCAAAGUCAUAUGAGGGUACAACUCAUAAGCUUCGGGGUAUUGAGGCUCAGAUUUGGAGGAAGAGAAAUGAGCUAUGCCAAUUCGAGACAGAAUAUAGAACUGCAUUGUCACGCUACCAAGAAGUAAUUAAUAGAUACGUCCAGGCCAAGCAGUCCGUCGAUGAGCUGCUAAAAAGGCGAAAUAAUAUCCAUUCUUCUUUCACUGUUGCAAGGUCAGUUCCAAAUGCUAGUGGGAGUAAGCCUUUCGGUAAUGGAAGUAGCAGCAUAUCUCGUGGUGAAGAUUUGAAGUCUAAGAGUCUGGUGGAAGAAGGCAGAUCACAUUCAAAGGGCAAAUCUACAAAGAAGAAAUGGUUCAGUUUUAACCUGAAAUGAUGAGACAAAAAGUGAGUAGUAGAAAAAUUAUGUGUACUCUCCAGGUUUGAAAUUCAUUCUUGCAUGCGACUACGAGCUUUUGUGUGUGGUGGAUUUGUGUCUGUACAUAGCUCGCCUCGUAUUAUGACGAUCAAUGUUCCUCCCAUUUGGGUGUAGUAUUUUUCUGUUCCUUGCAAUUUGUCAUAUUCUAUACUGCAAAAUGUUGAACAUAAGGGUUUAUGUUAUCAGAAAUCAUUUCUUGUACCAGUUGGAAUAGCUUAUAGAACCAAAUGGAAUUCAAUAAAACUUCGUUGAGGUUUUGUUGUAAAAGUUUACCUAUCAAAAAAAAGGUUUUGUUGUAAAA